CAUGAUUAGAUGUUAACUGAUCUAUGAGUCAACCUCUUUAGUUCGAAUCAUAUACCGGAACUGCAUGCUAUACCCAAAAAAAAAACAAAAUUAAAUAGCCCUUUUUUUUUUAUUAAAAAAUGCUCUUUAUUGUUACUCGCUAAAAAUAUUUUUAGAAAAAAGAAAUGAUUUAAAAUACCGUUAUUAGCAUAGUUUUCGGAUUUAAAUGUAUAAAAUCCCAACAGCCAUGGACAUGAAAAAAUUUAUUUGUAAAUAUAAAAGUGUUUUUAAGGUUUUAGUGCUUCUGUGUCUACUCUUCGCGAAUACAAACGGUUGCCUCAGUAGUGAUUGGGACUUUUUGACUGGAGAUUUAUUGUCGGCAUUAUGUCCAUUAUUAGCAACUACGACCUCUUUGGUAUCGGAUUUAUUCAAAUGUCAUUCAAUAGAAGAAGAAGGUCCCAUAUCACCAGAGUUAGUAGAGGAAUGCCUUCGCUGCGGCCGGGAACUAUCCCGCGCAGCAAGCCGCCGCGGUAACGAGCUAGUCAAGAGUGGCAUCAACCUCGAAACUUCCUCUCUCUCCAUGCUGCACUUCUUCACCUCUAAAUUGACUGAGGAUGUUAAGAAAGCAGCGGAUCUUUCGCACGAGUUGAUUGCAGCGACCAAACUACUGCAGAAUAAAUUGUGUUCUAGUUGCGACGUAACACCAAACACAUUCAUGGCGUUUCUCGAGCAUCAAGUGAUAAAGGUCCACGUGCCGUCAUUCUGCUCUCCGCUCAGCAUCACCUGCUCGAACAGCAAGUACCGGUCCAUCGAUGGCACUUGCAACAACCAGAAACACCCGCAGUGGGGCAGGCGAGGAGCGCCUUUCACCAGAAUCGCUACUCCGCGGUAUUCUGAUGGAAUUUACGCGAUGCCACUAGCCCGUAGCGGUCGUCAGCUCCCCAAUCCGCGCAUGCUCUCAACACGAUUGUUCGCCGACCGACCAAUCUCCAGUCGCGUCCUCACUUACAUGAACAUGCAGUGGGGCCAGUUUAUCACUCACGACCUGCUCUUCCAACAGAUGGAGGUUACUGACGAAGGCGGCAUCCAAUGCUGUCUAGGUAACGGGCAAGGUGUGCUCCCGUCAGAGUGGCAGAACGACAAGUGCAUCCCCAUCUGCGUGUCCGACGACGACCCCUUCUACGGGUACUAUGGCGUCAAGUGCCUCAACAUGGUCCGCAGUAUUACCGCGCCUAGAGAGGAUUGCAGUUUGGGACAUGCUGAGCAGAUGAAUAGUGUGACUAGUUUUCUGGACGGGUCGGCGAUUUACGGCUCCGAUAAGAAAACAGCAUCGAAACUACGCAGUAAGUGUGGUGGGAGACUGCGGCAGGUGAAAAAGAAAGGGUCGCUCAGAGGGUUCCUACCCUCAGUUGAUGAUAAGGCAGCCGCGUGCGAUUUGAGAAACUCAUCUGAACCGUGUUAUCUUACUGGUGACGUGAGAGUAAAUCAGACUCCAACCCUGGCGAUGCUGCACACUCUUCUACUCCGAGAGCACAACCGAGUGGCGGACAUCCUGAGCAACCUCAACCCGCUGUGGAGCGACGAGAAGCUGUACCAGGAGGCGAGGAAGAUAGUUAUAGCAGAGAUCCAGCAUAUCACGUAUCAGGAGUGGCUGCCGCUUAACUUUGGAGAGAACUACCUACGGUAUUACCGGAUAUCUCCAUCGAACCUCUACAGCCGGGACUACUCCGAGGACGUCAACCCUGGAGUUAUCAACGGGUUUGGAGCGGGCGCGUUCAGGUUCCUCCACUCCAUAGUCCCGGACACCAUCAUGGCCUGCCCUUCUAGUUACAAAGCUGCUUACUUACACAGAAUAAGCGACCACUACUUCAACCCGAGUCUGUUGGAGCAAACUGCAGAAUCAUUCGACGACAUCGUCCGCGGUAUAGUGGCGCAUCACGCCGCUGAGUCAGAUCCCUUUGUUACCGGAGAGAUAUCGAACUUGUUGUUUAAGUCUCACAAUAGAUGGGGGCUGGACCUCAUAGCUAUGGACAUACAGAGGGGCAGGGACCAUGGCCUGGCUUCGUAUAAUGAUUACAGAGAAAUUUGUGGUCUCAGAAAAGCAAGAACAUUUCAAGAUUUAGCUGGAGAAAUAUCACAAGAUCGAAUUAACGCCCUCGCUCAACUGUACGAAUGCGUGGACGAUAUAGACUUGGCAGUGGGUGGUGCUAUGGAGCGAGACGUGCAGGGUUCUAUCCUGGGACACACGUUCCACUGCAUCGUGGCCGAGCAGUUCUACAGGACCAGGAUAGGAGACAGGUUCUUUUACGAUAACGGGGAAAUGCCACACUCGUUUACGCCAGAUCAACUACGAGAAAUAAAGAAAACGUCAAUGGCGAGGUUGAUUUGUGACAACACUGACGGCGUGUACUACGUGCAAAAAAAGGCGUUUGAAGUUGAAUCCACUUACAAUCCGAAAUACAGUUGCGACGAUUACAACUCCAUUCCUUAUGUAGACCUUACAGCGUGGAAGAAACCGGCUUUUGAUUUAUUCGAUUAAAUAUUAUAUUUCACAUUUACAAAAUAUAUUUGUGAUGUCUGUGAAGUCUUUGGGGGUCAGACCCCUGUAAAGACGUCUGCGCACGCGCCUGUUGUGUACUCAAAAUUAAAGUAAGCUAGUCUUUUAUAACUUAAGUUAGAUUUUGGUAAAAUCUCUUUCAAUAUGAUUUGGUUAAAAUACGGUUAUUAGGGAGGAAAUGUAACAACUAUUUAAUUGAUAAAGAAUUUAUUUAACAAUGUAGCAUAAUGUAAAUAUAAGUAAUAUAACAAAUACCUGUAUC